AUGAAACAACGUCUUACUACUUUUCCACCACCUGAAUUGAAAAAAUACUCAUUCUUAGAAACAUAUACUUUCCUUUAUUCUGUAUAUACUGAUUUACUUUUAUCACAGCUUUGGGAGGAAUUAAAAAUUCAUCAACUACCAUCAAAUAGAUCAAUUAUCCAAGGAAUUUCUCCUCAAAACCAUAAAACUUUUUAUGUUUAUCCAUGUUCACUUGAAGAGAGUAUUUCUAUUAAAAAAAUUUGCGAAUUAUAUAAUGAAGUCUGGAAUAUUCUUGGAGAAGAUAAACAAACCUUAUUAUUAGGGAUUGUGAGUCCAGAUAGCACAAUUGUUUAUUAUAAAAUAAAUAAUGGACUAAUUAAACCAAGAAAAAACGAUGAAGAUUAA